GCCGCGGCCGGGGCAAUGUGGGAGCCGCGGGGCGCGGCGCUGCGGGCGGCGGCGCUGCUGCUCGGGGCCGGCGCCUGCUACUGCCUGUGGCGGCUGGCGGCGGGCGGGCGGCGGGGGCGGCGAGCAGCGGCCGCGCGGGGCCGGCCGGCAGACAGCAGUCCUCCAGUGUCAACCCAUACCAUGGAUGUGGAUGCUCUACAGAAACUUAUUCAUUUGCUCCAGGCCACAGAUGAUCCAUUAAUUCAAGAGCAAGCUUUAAUAACUCUCAGCAACAGUGCUGCCUUCUCUGUAAAUCAAGAUGUAAUCCGAAAUUUGGAUGGUCUUUCUGUUAUUGGAGGGAUGCUGUCCAACUGCGUUCCCAAAGUUAAAGAAAAAGCACUAAAUGCACUUAAUAAUUUGAGUAUGAAUAUUAAAAAUCAGGAAGAGAUACAGGUAUUUAUUACACAAGUUUGUAGGACUGUUGAGUCAGCUCCCCUGAACUCUGAUGUGCAGCUGGCUGGACUCAGGCUGUUGACAAAUAUGUCUGUUACCAGUGACUACCACCAAAAGAUGAUAAACUCAAUUCCGUGCUUUCUUCAUUUGCUUUCAGAAGGAACUGAAAGGACACAGAUUCAAGUUUUGAAAGUACUUGUGAACUUAUCUGCAAACCCAGCCAUGACAGUACAUCUUCUCAGAGCUCAAGUGCCAUCAAUGGUGUUGCUUUUUGACAGCUGUGUAAACAGAGAUAUUCUGGUUCGAGCCCUGGUAUUUGCAGCAAACUUGAAAAAGAACAUGAAUGAUGAAGAAGGCAUCGUGAUUGAGGAAUACAAUGAAGACUCAGUUUUCUUCACACUCUGCAGGGACUCUGCCCCAUUCGCUCAGAGACUGGCAUCUUUGCUGCAUCACCCUGACACAGAAGUGAAAGAACAAGUUGUGAGAAUAUUAACACAAUAGUGUUGUUUUCUUAAAACAGACUGACCUGAUGAAAAUAUCUAAUCUUGGUACUGCUAUGCUAAAAAAGUCUGCAGCAAGUAAACAAUACAACAAUGAUGGAGGAAAAAAAAGCCCUAAAUACUGUCAUUUUAAUAGGCACAAAUUAUUUACUACAAAAGAGAAUGCUGUGUAUUUAAUACAGACAGCAUAACAGAUAUUUUUUACAAGCAAGAGAAAAGCAAUAGUUUAAUUAUUACUGAUAAACCACUGCACAGUUGCUACAUUUGUGCAAUGGGGGCAAACCGUUUAAAACAUGAAAGCAUUUAUAUGUAAAAUGAACAUUUUAAAUGGAUGAGUGAAGUGAAUGAAAAUAUCCUUCGCAAUGUCAAAGACCUUUUUUUACUUUAAGUAUUGACAGCUGUUAAAUAAAUACCUCAUUAGGAUUGUGCAAUAAAGAUUUAGCAAUCGGAGAUUAGGCAUUUAUAUUUUAUUAGUCUACCUAUGAAAAUGGUACAUCUGAAUCUUACAAAAUAAUAUCAAAUAAAAACAAUACCGGACUAUCA